GGCACCGGGAAUGGCACCGGGAAUGGGAAUGGGAUAAGGAUCGGGGCACGGAUAGAGAUAGAGAUAGAGAUCGGGACCGGGACUGGGAUCGGGACAAGGACACGCUAUAGAAUGGGGAACAGACAGACGGCUUCUGUAGGAUUGUCGUGUGGUGCUGCCGCGAAUCAAAUACAGGACAUUAUUUCACGCAACUGUGUGGUGAUUUUCUCUAAAACAACAUGUGCAUACUGCAGAAUGGCAAAAAACCUCUUUCAGGGUUUGAAUGUGAAUUACACAACUGUGGAACUGGACCUAAAUAGAAAUGGAAGACAGUUCCAAGACACUCUGGAGCAGAUGACUGGUAGCAGAACAGUCCCAAGAGUGUUUAUCAAUGGGACUUGUGUUGGAGGCGCAACAGAUACUCAAAAGCUUCAUGAGGAAGGCAAACUGCUUCCUUUAAUUAAUCAGUGUCAUACAAGGCGAAAUUACUGAGCAACCACCUCUAGCUUCGUCUUCCUUUGUAUGAACAGAAUUUCAGAUGAAAUCAGAAGAUCACAGACACAGCAUGAGCUGCACUCAACAACCUCAAACCAUGGCUUUCUGAAUUACAGAUCACUCUGACAGACUUUAUGGACUUGGUAAAUUACUUGGUGUCCUUGCCUCAGCUUUCCCACAAGCCCAAUGGUCAUUAGCAAACAUUAGUAACUCUUGGGGCUGUUAGUGAGACAGUGAUGUCAUUUCAUCGUGAUUACAUCCUGCUUCAGGGAAGCCCAGGCUCUGCAAAAAGAAUCCUGGGGGUUUUGCUGCACAUUAGUUUGCUUUCUAGCUUUGUCUCAAUAAAUUGUCCGUUUUAUUUAA